AUGCAGAGUCAACAAGAUACAGUCACACCUUUCCAGAUUUUGGGUGAUAAUGUUAAAGUCAGAGGAGAGUCAUUGCUAAGCCUGGUUUCAUGUGCUACAUGUCUGGCUCGGUCGAGAUGGAAAAUACAUAUACUCCUGAACAAGAAGUUGGAGUCUUACAGUGGAUUUUCGGUAAGAGUGUUACCAGCCUUGUUCUUCAGAAUAAUGGGCCUAAUUAACGAUGGUUUUGUUGGUAUUGCUGCACCUUAUUUCGCUAGGAUCUCACCGGUUAGUGGACUAUAA